AUGUCUACUGCUGCAGCAAAUUCUCCGACCACUACUCCGACUCAGCAAAAUGCUAAAAAGGGAAUUUCCAAGAAGGCGCAAAAGCCGAAGUCUCCUAAGGCAUCGAAGAAACCAAAGUCGCCAAGCGAUCAUCCUCCAUACAAAUCUAUGAUCAAAAAGGCAUUGGAUGAAUUGAAGGAAAAGAAAGGGGCUAGCCGUCUUGCAAUCCUGAAGUUCAUUAUGUCGCAUUACAAGCUUGGAGAGAACCCGGCAAAGGUAAACGACUUUCUUUUAGAAUUUCAAGUUUAA